CACAGGGUAAACGGCUUCCUUCCUUUUCCUGCUGCCAGUGGUCAAACCAGCUCCUGGUGUAAGUUUCUAGGACAACAGAAGACAAGUGUUUGCAAAGGAGAGCAGCUGCUCCAGAUGCUGCUGCCCACCAAGUGCAGUCAGUGAAGACCAAGCUCUUAAAUCCAGUGAAAAACUGAAGGUAUUUGUGAACAAUCCCACCAAGCCUUAGUUCCAGCAUGGUGACUGAGAUGAUGAUGUAUUGGAGGGGAGCACGUCUGAGUGAACUCAACACAGACCCGGAUUCUUACACAGCCAGGUCCUGCUGCCAUCUCAAGUGCAUUCAGGCACAGCAGGGCCCGCUGCCAACCCCUUGGCUCGCAUCUUCCAUCCGUGACAGCAUUCUGCGGAGGAACUGGGAGACGGCAGCCUUGACCCCAUCACCUGGCAACUCUCGGUAGCCGCGGUUAGCUGCCGAGGCACGGAAGAACAGCCACCUGGUGUGAAGCUUUACCUUACCGACUUCUAAAACUUUUUUUUUUUUUGCAAAGAGCUCCCGAGCAAACUGCUAGUGGCGUGUAGCUUACCACGUUCCAAUUCCGCAAAACAGGAAAGCACGGGUUCAGCCAGAGCUUUGGGAAAUGCUUUUUAAUCUGCCCAGGGAAGGGCUGCCUGCGCUCUCCCUGCGCACACUCCCGUUCCAACUAAAGUCCAGCGCGAUCCGCUCGUGGCCGCACUUGUCACUGCCGAUUGUGAAGGGAACGGAAGAAGACAACAGUACCAACAGCCGAAAAGAGGGCACUGCCCGGGCAGCCCCAGUCGCCGAGAUGCCCCACCGGUGCUGCCUCAACCGCCUGCGAGACCUGUCACUUCUCCACCCUGUCCCGGAAAGGGCCGAGGCGGCCGGGCAGGGAAAACGUAUCUCUCGCCUGGCGGCCGGGCACAACGAGGGCGCCUGGAGACAGAUGCCUGCUCUCCUGUCCUCACCGUCCUCCUCGCAGCGGCUCUUCCCUUCUCACCCAGCCCCGACGGCCGCAGGGACGCCCGCAGCCCCCAGCCCAGACCACCCCGCACCUCCCAGAGCCCCGCCAGCACAAAUGCUCGUCCACACAGCAGCCAACCAGGGGAGAGGGCUCGCUUCUCCCUGGUCGCUCAUUGGUCAGGAGCGCAGCGCGGCACCCCCGGCGGGCGCUCCCCCCACCCCGGUCCCUCCGCCGCGCGGGCGCGCUUCCGCGGCAGCUCUGCAGUCCUCCUCCGCCGCCGUCGCCGCCGCUCGCGCACGCUCCCUCCGCCGCAGUAGCAGCGGCUUGGCGGGGCGGGGCCGGGCCGGGCUGUGCGGUUGCGGCGCGCUUGCAGCGCGCUCCCUGCCAGAACGCCGGGAGGUGGGAGCGGCGGGGCCGGGCUGAGCUGGGCUGAGCUGGGCUGGGCGCGGAGGUGACUGCCUGCCGGCAGCGGGGAUGCUGCUGCUGCCGCCGCUACCGCCGCCGCCUGUGAAGGGGCAGCAGGCGGGAGAGCAGGCGGCCGCGGCGUCCGGCGGCAUGAGCAGCGGCGGGAAGGUUUCCCGACCCCCGCGGCAGCGCUAGGGGCCCUCCCUUUCCCGCUCCGGCCGCCACCUGCGAGCCGCGGCGGCGGAUUCAGCCCGCCCGGAGGCGCAGCGCGAAGCAAGGCGGGCCCCAUCCAGCCGCCCGAGACGGGGGGCAGCCGGGCCGGCCACGAAGUGCCGCCGCCCUCCCUCCUCCUUGAGCCUCCGCGCUGCCCCUGCCGGCCCCAACCGGCCCGCCCGUUGCCGGGGAGGCGGCGGGAAGGAGGGAGGGGGCGAGCAGAGCCCCCUCGUCAGCCCCUCACUGCCCGAUCCAUGGGAGGAGCGGGUCGGCUCCCUCUGGGAAGCGCCGCCGCGGCUCGCCGGGACUGAGUGGAGCGGCCGGCCGCCGGCGCGGAGAGAGGAUGCCAGUGCUCCGGAAGGUGCUGCGGGUCUCCAAUCGCUCCAUGCUGGCCUUCAUCUUCUUUUUCUCGUUCUCCUCCUCCUGUCUCUACUUCAUUUAUGUGGCUCCUGGGAUCGCAAACACAUAUCUCUUCAUGGUGCAAGCUCGUGGUAUAAUGCUGAGAGAGAAUGUGAAAACAAUAGGACACAUGAUCAGAUUGUACACUAACAAAAAUGCUACUCUGAAUGGCACAGAUUACCCUGAAGGAAACAACUCCAGUGACUGCCUUGCUCAAACAACAAUGUAUCUUCCAGAAAACUUCACAUAUUCUCCUUACCAGGCUUGUCCAGAGAAGCUGCCUUACAUGAGAGGCCUUAUUGAUGUCAAUAUGAGUGAAAUCAGUUUUGAUGAGAUUCAGCAACUGUUUUCAAAAGAUUUAGACAUUAAACCAGGAGGACACUGGAAACCAAAAGACUGUAAGCCACGAUGGAAGGUGGCAAUCCUUAUUCCUUUCCGGAAUCGCCAUGAGCAUCUACCCAUUUUUUUCCGCCAUCUGAUCCCUAUGUUGCAGAAGCAGCGACUGGAAUUUGCCUUCUAUGUUGUUGAACAGGCAGGUACACAACCUUUCAAUCGUGCAAUGCUCUUUAAUGUUGGCUUCAAAGAGGCUAUGAAGGAUGCUGUCUGGGACUGCAUAAUAUUUCAUGAUGUGGAUCACUUGCCUGAAAAUGACAGAAAUUACUAUGGGUGUGGAGAAAUGCCAAGACACUUUGCAGCAAAACUGGACAAAUAUAUGUACAUCCUUCCCUACAAUGAGUUCUUUGGUGGUGUAAGUGGCCUGACAGUGGAACAGUUCAAGAAGAUCAAUGGGUUUCCAAAUGCCUUUUGGGGAUGGGGUGGAGAAGAUGAUGAUCUUUGGAACAGGGUUCACUAUGCUGGAUAUAAUGUAACAAGACCAGAGGGAGAUUUAGGGAAGUACAAAUCCAUUCCUCACCAUCACAGAGGCGAAGUCCAGUUUUUAGGACGAUACAAGCUCCUGAGGUAUUCCAGAGAACGUCAGUAUAUCGAUGGGCUGAACAAUUUAAUAUACACUCCUAAAAUACUUGUCAGUAGGUUGUAUAAGAAUAUAACUGUUAAUCUCAUACCAGAACUUGCUCCUGUUAGAGACUAUUGAUGGAAGUGGAAGGACAGACUGCCCUACCAGAAUAAGCUUUGAACGCUGGAAGCUACCAAAAGACACUGUAAACCAAAAGCAACCCAACAAGCAGCAGCUUAGAGUUAGAGAUUUGUGACCAUUUCCAUGUAUAUUUGGGUUAAGAGAUGGUUGCAUGUACCAUGGAAGAGAAAAGCAAAGCCAAGCCAGCAGCUACCACUCAGCAGCACCCCUCAGAUGUUUACAGCAUGAGACUACUGUUCAAGCCUUCGUUCUUCAUGUUCUCUAUCUUAACCACGCAGCUAAAGAAACCGCAGACCACAGACUUGUAGCUUCUCUGGAAGUAGGGACAGAAGAGGCCACUUCUUCCAACGAUUUUUUUUAUACUAGCCCUCCUCAUAUUUAAAAGAAUGCUUUUGUUUCUUUCUAAGAUGUGUUUUGUAAAUAUGUGAUGUAAAUUAAUGUGUGUACAUGCCUUUUAAAUUGCUCACUAUCUUACGCUUCACUAGGUGUUUGAGUGUGUUCUUGUUUGAAUUCCAUAGGAAUGUUUUUCUUAGCAUGAAAGAACAAAUGUAAAAUGUAAGUAUGCUUAAAACAAGGUUAUACCUUAUGUGAAAUGAAGGAAAUAUUAAUUGUUGGCCAGCUAUGACUGUAAACUGUUAUACUAGUUUUGAGCUCUAGGCCUUUUUGCAUAUCUAUCUAGAAAAAUCAGUUUCAUAGAAGAACUUGCUAGAAAGAAAGCUUUGGAUUUUAUUUAUUGCCAGCAAAACUGUAUGAUACCUGCCUGCCACCUAGACCCUAUUUAUAUGCAUAUUGCAUGUGUAUUACUGAAAAUCUUGCAGUUGUUGCUGUUAUGAUGACCUACAGGAGCUCUUCACUGUUUCCAAGUGUGCCACUGGUGUCAAUGUCAGGGAUUUUAAUGCCUAAAACGUGUCUGGGUGCAUAAAGUAUUUUGGUAUUGUUCUUUUUUUUUUUAAUAUAAAAAAUAUAGAUAUAUCUUAGUAUACAGCACUUUUAUUCCUCCAAAAGCAGAAGAGCCAAAAAAGUGUCUUCAUUGGAAGAAUAUUAAAGUUAGAUUUUUUAAGGAAAUAAGAAAACAUAGCUCUGAAUAGUUGUACUGCUUGCAGCGUGGGAUUUUCAGAACCAGGGUGUUGGUCAGACUAUUCCACUGCUGAUGGUGUUAAGUGGAACUGAAGCAGGCCAAUCCCAAGUGCUUUUUAAAAUUCCACUCUUAAUACAUUAAUCAAUAAAGCUAUUUAAGGGCCUGUUCUUGUAGAGUGCUGAGUGCUUCUAUGAUGCACUAAAUAUCCUCAAGUCGAUGACUUUCAACGAGAUGUUGAGGUUGCACAGUCCCACUAAGGAUUGGUCCUGCCUGUCUCUCUAUUUUUGUGGUGUUGUAUGAGUAUUGAGCCUCUUUCCUUGGCUUACAAUGAAAAGCAUUUAUUUUCUGUUUGCUUGUAAUGUUAGGCUACCUGAAAGUAUCUCCCUGCUAAGCAUUCUCUUCUCCUAAUAUUUUUUUACAUCCCUUGUUAAUACUGAACAAAAGGAUGGGAUCAUUUAUUUUCUAUGUCAAUGCAAAGAUACUGAACAAGAUCUGCUAAACUAUUUUUGUCUGUCACAGUUACUCAGCUCUUUAGGAACCAAAGACUGACUUCUGCUCCAACAAAGAAUGGAAAAUGCUAUAUAAUAAGGAUUGUUUAUCCACAGAGUGUACUGUAAGGGUGUUGACAAAGAAUACUAACUUCAACUCAUUACUGUGUGUUGGCUUCCUGAGUUGCUGCCACAGGUGGUGUGGUGCUCUGUACAAUUUCAGUUUGUCUGCCAUAAACACCUUUUAUUUCUUUGUCAUCCCAGCAGCAAUUCUGCACUUAGACAUUCUUCAGCCAAGUUACCAGCUUAGUUGUAGGCAUCCCAAAUAUUUAGUAGAAGUGUAGUGAUUUAACUUAAGUAGCUAAGAACGACUAAGGAAGGGGUGUUUUGGACUCUGUUGGGAUUACCUUAAAAUCUACCAGUUUAUCCAAUAUGCUUUAUGUCCUGCAGUGCAAAUAACAAGUGAGCAUAAAGUGAACAAACUCUCCUUCAAAAGCAUGCUUAAGUGGUUUGAUCACCUCCUGAUUAUAUUUUUCUAUAACUGAGUGUAUAGAAUAUUCUGAAGCAUAUGGGCAAAGGGGGGGGGGGGAUAAUUAAUACACUGUAAGAGCAAGUAUAUCUUUAAAAUAAAAUUAGUCCUGUUUCCUAACAGGUUAAUACAACUCUUUAAGAACUGUUGAAUAGGUUUGGGUUUUUUUUUCAAGCCCUGAUGUAUUUUGAAGUGAUUGCUGGUUUUCAGUACAAGUUCAACUCCAAUCUAGCACCUAUGGCUAUGAAACAUCCUUUGGCACUUUAGGUCUGUACUGUUUUCUGAAGCAUGCUUUUGUGUCCAGUUUUUUAGGGCACUCUGUGAAAUUGAUGUGCAGUUAAACCCACUCUAAUGCAUAUAUGUGUAUAUAUCCAUACAAUAUGACACAUAGACUGCGGCUGGGCUCACAGAACCUUACAGCUGUAAGUGAUUUAAUCAUGUAGGAUGUUAGAAAAAGGUGAUUUAAACCAGUCUGUGAAGGGAUUCUGACAUAUAUCUGAGUUCUCUCAAGUUUACAUUUUGGUGCCCCAAAGUGAUGGAUGUUCAAUUAUGAAUCGUUACCCAACGCUCUUCUCUCUAUACCUUUUGUCACUUUGUUGGGAACUUGGCAAAAUUGCCAUCUGAAAUGACAGCAGAAUAGUGCUCCUAUGCUACCUGCCUGAACUCAGUACUCUUCUGCAGUGGAGUUUAACAUAGACAGUGCCUUCAAACAAAAUCAGUGUGAUGGAGGGCUAAGAGUUAGGCACAUUCCUUUUGAUACUCUCAUGGUUCUGGUAAAAUGCAGAGGAGGCAAUCACAUUGACCUUUGCAUUGCUGCCAAGGAGUGAGCAUGGAGGGAGAAGAAAGAGGGAGUAUUUUACAGGAUUCUGAGUGUCUUGCAAAUGAACAAGUGAGAACAUUAUAGAAGUAUUGACAACGGAGUCUGCUCCGUUGAUAUGCUCAGAUGCUCUUAAGCCCAUUUGCUGUAUUUCAAAUUGAAGUAGGAGAAUAUGAAAGCUCAAAUCCAUUUUGCAAUGGACAGGAUGUUGAAAAGUGAGUGCAAAAUGUCCUUUUUUCUUGGAUCUUGCCAGUCUAUUUUUCUAUUGUUCUGUUUCCUAAUGACUUUGUUGUAGUGGGUUACUAAUGAGCCAGACACAUACUGAGAGGAUCCAUUGCGUACCGGCAAGAGGAAGUGUACUUAAGAUUAUUUUAUUUCUAGAGGUAUGUAAGAUAGGCUUAAUGAAAACUGCACUGAAACAAAUGCUGGGAAUUUCCUGUGUACUAUCAUAGUUUUGGUUUGGGUUUUGGUUUUUUUCUUUUUGGUGGUUGUUCAUGAAAAUGUUUGUACUUUUUUAUCAUUGUCUUUUACGAAAUACAAUGUUCUAAAGACUG